AUGCAGCUCGGGCAGAGUGCGGUCGCAGCAGGGCAGGAGUAUGUGCAGCGGAAUCUCGGCGGAUUCAUCCCGCUCAGCGCACUCAAACAACAGUUCAACGUGUCCAACCACUAUGUGAUGCACAAGCUGCGAAUCCUCGUCUUUCCGUGGCGGCACGGGCCCUGGACGAGAAAAGUGCGGCGAUCGGAGCAGGGCACGACCGAAUGGCAACCUCCACGGGAGGACGUGAACAGCCCUGACUUGUACAUACCCAUAAUGGCGAUGGUCACGUAUGUCCUGCUCGCUGCGUUCACUGCGGGUCUGCAGUCCCGCUUCGACCCGCGUAUUCUGGGCGUGUCCACGUGGAAAGCCAUCCUUGUCCUGUUCCUCGAUUUCCUCUUCGUGAAGCUCGGAUGCUACUUUUUGAAUAUCCAGAGCUCGAGUCCUGUCACAGAUAUUGUCGCUUACGGGGGCUACAAGUUCGUGGGCGUUAUCAUGACCCUGCUCGCGGGGCUGCUGGGUGCGGGGAGAACACUAUAUAGCAUUGUGUUCAUCUACUCUUUCUGCUCUAUCGCUCUAUUCAUGCUGCGGUCCCUACGAUCCGUUGUACUCCCCGACAUCGUGAACGCGCCAGCGACAGUCGGGACGGUGACGCAGUCGCAGCGGAGCAGACGGGUUACAUUCCUCUUCUUGGUAGCGAUGUCGCAGAUCAUCUACAUGGGUGUCCUAGCUAGAGUGUAG